AUGUCGACUGGGCAGUUGCUGGCCGUGUGCUUCGUUUUGAUGUUUAUGCAUUUUAUUCAUGCAAACAUCGAAGUUGAUGCAUUAGUGGCCUUGAAGGCUAGCUUUGACGAUCCAAGUGGGAUUCUCCAGUCGUGGGAUUCAACGCUCGACUCCCCUUGCACAUUUUUCCAUGUCACCUGCAAUUCUAAUAACAAAGUCACAAGAGUUGAUCUUUCGAAUGCUGGCUUCUCGGCAGAUUCAUUGCCCCAUGAGCUUGGGAACUUGGCGGAAUUACAGUAUCUUGAAUUGUACGACAAUCAUAUAAGUGGGAACAUGUCAGUUGUGCCUUGGCUUAGUCUUACAAAUCUAGUGAGCUUGGAUCUAUACUCCAACAAUCUCAGUUGGGUUAUUCCAGGCACCUUGGGCAAGCUGUCUAAUUUGAAAUUCAUACGACUAAAUAACAACAACCUAGAAGGCCCUCUAUCCCCUGAGUUCAGUGAUCUUCAAAAUUUGGAACAGUUGGAUCUUUCUAAUAACAAUCUCGGAUGUGAUCUGACUAACAACCCUUACCUGACCGGCCCGUGUACUGAUGCGCCAUGUCGUUCUAAUUCGUGA